CUCUUUAUUGCCACGAAAGAUGUCGUGGUAAUAGACAGUUUCGACCGUCGCGCCACGACAUCAUUUCGUGGCAAUAGAUCUAACCUUUUUUUUCACGUCGCGGGUCGCGCCGCGCCAUACGUUGAAUUUUAAAUUAAAUAUAGGGGCAUUUGAUUAAGUUAAUAAUUAUUUGUCCAUGUUUAUUGACUUUAUUCUGAUACUCCCACAAAAAACUUAGAUUGGCCGAAGUUUUGAUUUUUGACGCAGCUAAAUGACAGUAAGGAAAGAACCAUAAUAGCCGUAGGCAUACCAGAGUAUGGUAUGGCUAUUAUCAACAUUAGGGAAAAGAAAAUCUUUUUUCGUUUUCAUAACCUGAAGACAGGCUGGUUCUGCCGCACCCAUCAACCUUUUGAAUCUUCGGUGCUUUGUGUUUACUGUUUAAGAAUAAGUAAGAUGCUUGCAAAACAAUUUUCAACUUCUUUUAGCAAAGUCUUUACAUUAGUGCUAAUUGUUUCAUCCCAGAUGUUUGACACAGUACAAGGUGGUGGCCAUGGUGGUGGUGGUAGUCAAUAUUGUUUAUCAUCUGAUGGUUUUCAUUCACCAGAGUGUGGUCCAGCAGGUAUUCAGUCUCCUCCUGAAGUGACAGAAGAAAACACAAUUAAGGGAACAGGGUAUUUUUCUUGGAAUGCCACAAACAUGAACCUUGAAAUGUAUGUUGAAAGGAUCUCACACAACAUAUUAAUUAUUCCAAAGACCUUCUUCCAUUUAUUUGUUUAUUCCUAUUCUGCAUUGGGUUCGAUUGCUUUCAGAAUAUAUGAUGCAUUUUAUAAUUGUGUAGCUAUACCCACAAGCUAUCUCCAAAAUGUUUUACUCAAGCAUCUAUCAAAGUUGAUUCUUUCUUUGUUGUAUGGGUUGUUGGUGAUUCUCUUUUCAUGGUUACUUGUUUAUUAUGACAGCACAAUACCAGGAGUAUUUCCUCCAACUCCUAUUUCUCCUAAAAAGCUCAGGAUGCAAUCUGGUCACACUUUUCACCUGGGCUACUUGCUUGGUCUCAUCAAUGGUAUUAUUGUGUUUGGAUUGACAUUCUGGGAACAAAUUAUGCAUUGAAAUCAUAGCUAUAGAAAUGCCAUCUUGUAUAUCCUACUUCACUAGUCUUUGGAAUCGUUUAAUGUCCUAUAAACUUGCGCUUUAAUUUGCAUGCAUUUGCCAUAAAGCUAGAUUCUUAGUUGCAUUUAAUGUAGUCUAUUAUGCUGACUGCCUACCAAAAAACAAGAUGCCUAGCUCCCUCCUUGUUCAUUGUAACCAAAUACCACUCUUGAUUAUUUUUGCGAUGUAAGUAAAAAAAAAAUACUUAUUA